AUCAAACAGACAGUAGUUAAAUUAAACCCCUAAACUUUUAUCUGAAUUCCCCCAAAAUGUUGAAGAAUCCCCGGCCCAUCAAUCACCCCCAGCCCAUGUUGAGAAACACUCCAAAAGGAUAGAGAAACAAGUGGUGGUGGCCGGUGGGAAUGGGAUUACCAAAAAGUCAGGCUGUAGUGUUUUGCCGCUGUCCCCUUUCUCCUUCAGCUGAUACCAUCAAAUGCUUCCAACCAUAUAUAUUGUAAACUCUCCACUUCUCUCACUUCACUCUCUUCCUUCCUUGCACCCCUCCAACCCUCUCUCUCUCUCUCUUGCCGGAGGAGAUUCAGACUUGUAAAAUUUUUCCCCUUCGUCAAAUCAUUAUUAAGUUUUCUUGGACUCCCUAUAUCUCUACCUUUGUUUGGAAGUGGAAGAUUCAAGGAGAAAGGAGGUGCCCCACAAGCUUGAAACUUGAAAUCCAUCUCUGUUGAUUAGUCGUCCCCUGAUCUGAGGUUAAAAAUUAUAUCCUUCAGUGAUGAGAUCAAUAUUGCAAAUUCGCAUUCCAUGUACAAGGGAUGAAGACGAAUUUUAUGCAGUAUCUCGUAGCCAUUAUUUAUGCUGAGCUAAAUUGCAGGCAUUGUUCAGACCAAGGUGUUCUGCUCAAUCAGCACAAUGGCAGCCACGUUGGUCAAGCAGAAUAAGUUGAAGAAGACUAUGUCAAAAAAACCACAUUCCUGGUGGUGGGAUAGCCACGUCAGUCCUAAAAACUCUAGGUGGCUUCAAGAAAAUCUCGAAGAGAUGGAUCAGAAUAUCAAACGGAUGCUGAAACUCAUUGAACAUGAUGCGGAUUCGUUUGCUAAAAAGGCCGAAAUGUAUUACCAGAAGAGGCCAGAACUUAUUAAUCUCGUUGAGGAGUUCUACCGAAUGUACAGGUCAUUGGCAGAGCGUUAUGAUCAUGUUACUGGAGAGCUUCGGAAAAGCAUUCCCUCGGAUCUCCAAUCGCAGGGCUCCGGCAUCUCAGAUAUAAGUUCUGAACCACCUUCCACUUUGCCAUCUCCUGAUCGACGGCCCAGCCGACGAAAAUCUGGUACUCGUGCUGCUGGAUUUGAGUUUUUUCUUGGGGCUGGUGGAAAUGGCACAGACAUGUCCAACAAAGAAGGAGAUGAAUCAUCAACCCUGGAUUCUGAUUCAGAAUCAGAUGAUUCUUCUGUAAACAAUUACACAGCAACACACAGCAGUGAUGAUGACCAAGGUUUGCGUAAGAGGAUUAUUGAAUUGGAGGUAGAGCUCCGUGAUGCAAAAGAAAGGUUUUUAAUGCUACAGGAGGAGAUUUCUGAAGGCUCCCACCGAGGAACCAAAAAUGAAAACUCUGAAAUUUUGCUGGCUAGACUAGCAGGAUAUGAGGAAGAGUUGAGGAAAGCAAGGGAGAAGAUUAGACUAUCUGAGGAACAGAUUAACAUGUUGAAAGAUGAGCUCCAAAAGUACAAGACGAUGGAAUUCACCAACAGUGUGCAUGGUAAGGAUGUCUCUGUGCUAGAAGAUGCAGUGGUUGUGGAAGACGGUUCCAAGGUGCACAAACAAGAGCUGACAGACCUUCAAGAACCCAAUGGUGAUUCGGAAACAGUGCACUCAGAAGACAAAAUCCACAACCUCAAGAAAGAGUUAAAAAUUACGAAAGAGAAGCUUCUUGAUUCCGAGAAGGAAGUUGCACGCUUGAGCUUGGAACUUCAGAAUAAUGCGUCAGCUAUCCAUGGCUUGCAGGAUCAGCUAGGAUCAUCACAAAAAGAUAUUUCUACUUGGAAAACCAAACUUGAAAAAGAGAGAAGGGAGGUCUUGAAGCUGCAGGACCGAAUUGUGAGGUAUAAAUCCAAUAUAUCAGAUCGUGAUCAAGAAAUCAGGAGAUUAAGGGAAACAAUUUCCAAUGCUAACGAGAGCUUAUCAGAGGAGAACUCUCAGCUUCGAACUGAAAUUACUCGAAUGGUGAAGGAAAAGACGUAUCUGGAGGAUAAUCUGAAAGAAAUGGAUUUACGCUGCCAAUCUUUGGAAGAGGAUGUCAGACGGAUCAAGGUGGGGAAAGCAGAGAUGGAAGCUAUGCUUGGGGCUGAAAUCGACGAAUUGAGGGUAGGCAUUCUCGAGAAGAGCAGUCACAUUGAAGAACUGAAUAGAAGUCUUGAUACAUUUAAGUUGAACCAUGAAACAUUGAGGGCAGAGAAGGAUGCACUUGUUGCAAAAAUUGUUAUGUAUGUUGCAGAAAUUAGUUCCAAAGACAUCCGCUUUGAUGAAAUGAGCAAGCAUUUGCACCAAUUGCAUGUGCAGCAUGUUGAGUUGAUUGCUCGAGCUGAUGUAGCGCGUAAACAGGCGGAAGAGCUGCAAUUAAGAAUUAAAGAACUGGAGAGAGAGGUGGGGAGGCAGCGAGAAUUAAUUUUGGAAGGAGCAGAAGAGAAAAGAGAGGCUAUAAGGCAGCUAUGCUUCUCACUUGAGCAUUAUAGGAACGGCUACCAUAUGCUACGGCAGGCUGUCAUAGGGCACAAGCGGCUUCCAGUGAUGGCAUCCUAAAGUAAUUGACAGCAACGGACACCGUCAUUCCUCCUCUUCCUCUGUCCCUGUAAAAUGCAAUGAUCUGUUUUGUUUUGCAUGUGAUGCUACUUGGGAUUAUUAUCUUGGUUAUGUCCCGGUCCUUCUGGUUCUUCUGACUCUAUGCCAUUGCUGCUGUAAAAUUUAUCUGCCGCUCAGUGCCCUACCAUUUGUACUUUUGAUGAUACGAGUUUUUUGUACUCCUUUUGCAUUUGUUGGCUGCUUGAGAGCUUGCUGCCACGACUGUUGUGUUGGGGGCAGGGACGGAGGGAUGAGUGCAUAUCUGCCGCAUCAGGGCAGAUUUAAAUUUGGAGCACGUUUAACCAUCCAUCCGAGUAACCACGUAUAGUCAAUUUGCUGAAUCAACAAAAGCUGUUCAUGUA